AUGGAACUGAAAGAAACUGUGAUAAUGGACUUAACAGGAACUUUCCGAAAUGAAGACCUAUCCAAAGCAGACUUUUUCGAUUUCGUCGUACCGUCAGACUCCAACGACAACGAAUGUCUUCAUCAAUUCACCAAACAAAUCCGAACAGUCAACGCUUUUUUAGAGAGCGCAGACGAUUCGAAAGAAACCAACAACAACACGAUGUUGAUAGCCGAACUGCCGGAAAAUCUCAACGAAAAUUUCGAAACAACAUUAUGGAACGCAAAAGAUACCGUAAAAAUAGAAACCGCUCUCUUAGAAGAUUUAAAUAAAUAUUGUUGGAUGUCGACGGGCAACGAGGCAGAGGAGCUCAGCACCGAAAAACAAAACACAGACGAACAAAUAUACACCUUAACAGUAUUAAAUGGAGUCGACCAAAGUGCUACUUGGUAUCGAUUACCCAAAGCCGAUGAAACAAUAUCAAGUCCUAAUUCAAUGGAGCAGCUACAAGUGGGACUAGAUAUCGAUUCAAUAUUAAACGUUAUACCCGGUAGUCAAAUUAGUACCUAUUCCUUUAACGAAAAUAACAUAACUACUAACACAGAUGGAUUAAUAAAAUCCGAAACUUAUACCUACGAUGAAAACAAGGACGAAAUAACAAAUGCUUUCAUAGCGGAAAGCCCCAUGUUAGAAGCGCAAGAAAGUUUCGAAAACAACAACAACAACAACGAAUGGGAAGUAAAUAACAACAACAGCAGCAGCAAUAGAGAUUCACCGGAUUCUCUACUAAGGAGCGCUUUACAAGGGAAAGCCGGUAUCCGCUAUAACGGCAGCUUCAAGUCUGUUCAAAAAUCUCCGGUACAUACCAACGUAGAACUUAGAAAAGUAUUAUCAACGCCUCUAAACAAACCCGAAAAAGCUUUCAUAAAAGAAGAACAACAAACGAAGAUACCCACCAUAGUAGCAGGUAUCGACGCCAACGGUAAAAUCAUUUUCGAAGAACACAUACCCUGCAAGACAAUUCAAGAAUCGGAUAACACAUCAAGCGUUGACGAUCUUCUUUUGAGCAAUAUGAAACCAAGAGUGAGGAACACGAAUAGGGGCAGUAUUUCGCAAGAAACUUACGAGGAGGCUGCAAAUAAAUUAUUAAAUGACCAUGUUUCUGUAAGAACUGCUUCAAGACAAUAUGGAAUUUGUCACGUCUCUUUGCAUCGUUACGUAAACUCUUUAAGAAAUAAUGAGCAGGCACCUGUUGGAUACUAG